CUCUGGCUCCAGCUCCUGCUGAGUGCGCUUGACAAUUGCGCCGGUCCUUCACCCAGCCCCUGCCCACCAGGCCAGCAACAGAAACCGGGCGUGCACUACGCUGGCCGCAUGAUUGCAGCAACGGUGAGCGCACCAUGGAGCUACAGGCGAGCCAGACCAGGCGGGGGGCCCGACACAUGGUAUCUACACCAUAGCCGACCUCGACCAGCGCACUCAGCAGGUUGAUGAUGCGUGCCGAGAGCGCUUUGCUGCGGAUCCACAGGAUGCUGCUGAUGCUCAAUACCUCCAGGGCGAAUGGGCCGAUACGGAGGCCGAUGGAGGGAAUGCUGGAGUGGGCAGGUGGGAGGAUGUGGCUUUGGAGGAAGAAGAUGCUGUCCUCCAAGCCUGGGAGGAGAGGGCUGAGGCGUCGUCACGCUACCGGUCGGGGAAGCUAUGCACAACGGCGUGGUCAGCACCACGCUGCCUGGGAACGUCUGUUGCCAGAACUGGCCCGCGACCUGCUGCACUGGCAGCAUGCCAGUCACAACGCACCACAGCCCGAACCUCAACAGCACGAGUUCCUUCCCGCCGAAUCUGGCUUGCUUCUGCGGGUGAUUGACUGGCAAGGUAUUCGCCUGCAACCAUUCCAGCCAGACACAGCAGCUGGGGCGCAACACCCAAUCCGGGUGAUUGUCCGUGCAGGCUACCUGCCCUGCACUCCUGAACUGCCAAGGCUGGCUCUCUCGCUUCACGUGCUGGAGGUUUACCACCAUGCACAAUUGUGAGCGUAUGUCUCGCAUGAGGCUUGGGCCUGCGUUUUGUGUGAUCUCCAUGGUGUUGUAUACCUGUGCAGCUUCCGCCAGCAGCUCUCGCAGGCAUAUGAUGUGUACAUCCGGCUCUUGCAGCUAGUGGACAAGCUUCUGGCAGUGGCAUUCAGGGAAGAUGGGCCCGAUUGGCGUGCACUCCACUCUUGUCCUGCUUGCCAGUACAAGCUAGAGGGCGAGCCAGCCCAGCUGCACACCAUGCUUCUGUGCGGCGACGGAAAUAACUCCUCCAAGUGGUUUGAGCAAGCUGGCCAUCAAGACGACAGGAUAUUUGAAACCGACUAUGUCAUUCCAGCUGCUAGGGUCGAGCUCUACGCCAGACCCCCCUGGCUUCAAGGGCACGAUAAGUUCCCCGGCCCCACUAGCGGGCUGAAGGAAGCCGGCAAGGAAGCCGGUGGUCCUGGCGGCGUGCACGAAGAGCCGGAGCCGGAACAGCUCGCAGACUGUGCUUCGAAGUGGAAGGCUGCCCAGGCGAAGGAGGACGCCGGCUCCUUUUGCCAGGCAUUCGCCGAAACCGGUCAUUUCCUGGUCGUCUGCCGGCAUGCCUUCAUCCUGUGGUCAGUGGACAUGAUCAAGAGCGGGGAAUUAUCGAGAUACUCGCUCACCGUGCUCGACAAGUGCAUCAAGACCUUCGGUGUGGGCCUCGCAUUUGGUUAUGACAUUGGCUGUACGCAUUCUGUCACCAUUCAGCAAAGCCCGCUUGGGGCGCAGGCUGCGGCAGCCAGCUUGCGGUUUUUCGUGGGUGCCUUUCAUGGCUAUGCUCACAACCGACGGUGUCAGCUGGCUUUCCACCCUUGCCUGCUUGCGACUGCCGGCCUAGAAGACUUCGAGACCUGUGAGUGGGUCUUCGCCAAACAAAACUUGACGGCACAACAAAACUUGACGGCACACCUCUUCCGGCAUGCAUCCCGGUACCAUCGCCACCAGACAAUGCAUCUCUUCUACCAGCGUUGGGACCGGGAUUGUCGCACACUUUUAUCCAAUUUCUUAUACAAUAACUACAAGCAGGCGUUGGAUCUGAUCCAGCGGUCAUACCCGGUUGUCCAGAGCAUGCUGUCUCAACUCGGGCUCACCACCAUGGAUCUUGCUCGUUUCCUGCAGGAGGAGUGGGCGUUCUUCGACAGCCUACAGGAGGAGCCGGCAGAAGACCAGCUGGCCUUUUGCUACUUGGAAACCCUGCACCUGCUGCAUGCCGAACGACACAAGCUGGACCACAUGCAAUACCACGAGUUCGUGGUUGUUAUGCCUGCUAGCUGGCCAGCUACCAGCGAUAACACCCGCCAGAAGAUGCUGGAGCGGGACUACAACCGCGUACUGCGGGCUGUCCAUGAAUACGAAGCACUCGCCGCACGCUACGAGCUGGAACUACAAACUGAGCCCUGGACUCCAGAGCACCCCUCCUGGCAGAAGUACGAAGCUGCCUGUGUCCUUCGGGAGUACCACACGGCGCUAGAUGAGCUGGAAAGUCUUGUGGUCCAGCAUAUUUUCGAGCUAGAGAAGCUCAGCAUACGUGGCACAGGAUAUGCCAUGCGAACUGCAAUAGCCUGCACUCUGAACACUCGAAGCAAGGCGAUCAAGGCUUCCAUAGCACGGUACAACAAGCUAGCUCUUAGCCUCCAGCCCCCUCGCCCGACACUGAAGCCAGCAGAAGUGCUGGACUAUGCUCUGCUGGCCGACUUCUCCCUUCUGCGUCACGCUCGAGAAGACAUCCGCCAGCGACCUUGGGCCAACCCGCGCGUGCGCGAGCUCAUUCGCAAAUGGCAGCUAGUACAGUGCGCGGAACACGAGCUGGAGCGCUUGAAUAUCGAGAUUCGUCGCGUGAACACACAGCUCCACAACGAGCCUGCUCGAUUGCUCGCUGGGAUUCCGUGUGCGGAAGCUGCCGGGGAUCGAGUGCUGGCCAGUGUCAUGCGGGACUAUGUCGCUCGGCAAUUGCGCAUAAACACUCGAAUGCAGGCCCGCAUGCAGGAGAUUCUGCAGUUGCCCGGGUUUUGUGGCUGAGAAGACAUUGGCUCGCAUUCUGGGACCAGCUUCCCAGCAAGCUGUGCUGGCCAGCCGAUCGGACCUACUGGCGGAUUGGGAUGGACAUCCCACGGGGGAGGCUGGGGAUCCUGAUGAUGUUGAUGAUGACGUCGCGCAGGAAUGGGAUGGAGUCGUGCAGGCAUUGUCUUCGCUGGACAUCCAGCAAUAGUUAGCCUGCUACAAUGUACCACAACAACAAAUGCC